AUGCCGGCCGUUGUUCCAGGAACGUACGUUUCCAGGAUGGGCGGUGGUGAAGGCUUCGUGCUUGCAGGGACCUCUCUUGUGCUUCUCACUCUCAUCCCUCCUCCUGCCUCCCCGUCGUGGUGUCAAAGUAUUCUGAGAACUAUCGAACCGUGCUUCCCCUCUACUCUGACCUUCCCUCGUGCCUCCCUUCCCUCGCACUCUCAAAAUCACCAACCUGUGCCUUCCCCUCCCCCACCUUCUUCUCACUCUCUUCCCCUCAGAGUGCUAACGAGCCUGGUGGCGAAAGGGGUCUUCCCUGACACCCUAGUGCUCACAAGCCUGGUGGCAAACGGGGUCUUUCCGGACCCUCUCUUCGGCACCAACACGCGCGACUGCAUUCCUGACAUCGCCCACGCCGGCCGCCCCUUCUACACCUUCCUCUUCCGCCGCUGCUUCCACCUGCCUGCCGCUAAUUCAUCCUCUCAGGCUCUGCUGCACUGCCAGCCGUCCUGCUCGUCUGUAGCUGCUGCUACUGCUGGUGGUGCUGCUGUUGCUGGUGAUAAGGGGUGCUGUGGCCGGGAUGGCUGUAGUGGGUGUGCUGGGUGUGGGUGUGAGAGUCAUGAGUGGGAGCGAGUGUGGCUGUGCUUCCGUGGCGUCAACUACUCACUCUCCGUCUUCCUUAACGGCCGCCAACUCAGCAUCGACCAGCCAGCUGGCAUGUUCCUGCGGCGCCAGCUGGACAUCACUGACCUGGCCAGAAGGGGAGACAUUGGCGAGAGCCAUUGCAGUAAAAUCUGUAGCAAUAGGAGCAAGGGAUGUAGCAGUGAAUGUGGGUGUAACAGGUGUGGCAGCAGCGAGAGCAGGAACCAGUUGGCAGUGGUGGUUAAUCCAGUGGACCACCCGGGGAACGUGGAUGGGGGAGGGCAGGGCGGCGACCACCAGGUGGCCAAGGAUGUCACAGCUCAAUACGUGGAGGGCUGGGAUUGGAUCAUUCCCAUCCGGGAUCGCAACACGGGCAUGUGGGAUCAAGUGCACGUGGCUGUCACAGGGCCCGUGACCAUCGGGGACCCUCAUCUCGUGGCUGUCUUCGCGUCCCAACGCUGCAAUGACACGCAAGCAGAUGGAGCGAAGAGGGAGCAUGCAGAUGGAGCCAGUGCAAAGGAUGAUGUCACCCAUCCAUCAGUUCUUCCCUGCAACACCCACACACACGCGCCUCCUCCUUCCUCCUCCUCCACUCCCGCCCCUCCCGCCCCUCCCUUCUGCCCCUCUGCCGCGUCUCUCCACUGCUCCCUCACCCUCACCAACUCCCUUCCCAUCCCCCUCCGCACGCGCGUGUCUCUCGAGCUUGCCUUCACUCCCGGCCCACACCAGAGGGGCGUCUCUGCUGCCACCAUGCUCUCCCCCCCCCUUUCCCUCCCCUCCCCUUGCAGCUACACAUUGCUCGUCCUCAUCACACGUGGGGGCGUUGCCAUCACGCUACUCGUGUCCCGCCCCCACCUGUGGUGGCCCAAUGGCAUGGGUGCACCGUCGCUGUACGAUGUGGCAAUCACCGCCUCUGUGCUGCACCCCUCCUGCCUCGCAUCCUGCCACCCCACUGGGAAAGCCACAGUGGCAGUGGAUGACCUGUUGUCGUCAGCCUCACCCACUUCCCUACCAACCUCCUAUCCACAUCUCUCCUCACCUUCCCACUCCUCACCUGACUCUUCCUCGCCACAACCCCCCGCGCCUGCCUCUGCAUCCUGGAGCCGGAUUCUCUCUCACACGCUGACUCACAGUCUCGGGCAGGCGAAAAGUUUUGUCAGCUCGGCCUUGUAUGGCAGGGAUGGGGAUGUGGAGAAGGGGGAGGGUAGAGAGCAAGGGGAGGGGGGGUGGAUACAGAGUGACGUGUGGGGCAGCAAGUUUGGGUUCCGACAGAUUGACAGCUAUGUGGAAGAGGGCAGUGGCGGCAGGUACGUGCGCUGUUGCCUUUCUCUUCCACACGCUUGUCCUUUCCUUCCCUCUUCUUGCUCAUCCUUUCCUUCCUCUUCUUGCUCAUCCUUUCCUUCCCUCUUCUUUUCCUUUCCUUCCCUCUUCUUGCUCAUCCUUUCCUUCCCUCUUCUUGCUCAUCCUUUCCUUCCCUCUUCUUGCUCAUCCUUUCCUUCCCUCUUCUUGCUCAUCCUUUCCUUCCCUCUUCUUGCUCAUCCUUUCCUUCCCUCUUCUUGCUCAUCCUUUCCUUCCCUCUUCUUGCUCAUCCUUUCCUUCCCUCUUCUUGCUCAUCCUUUCCUUCCCUCUUCUUGCUCAUCCUUUCCUUCCCUCUUCUUGCUCAUCCUUUCCUUCCCUCUUCUUGCUCAUCCUUUCCUUCCCUCUUCUUGCUCAUCCUUUCCUUCCCUCUUCUUGCUCAUCCUUUCCUUCCCUCUUCUUGCUCAUCCUUUCCUUCCCUCUUCUUGCUCAUCCUUUCCUUCCCUCUUCUUGCUCAUCCUUUCCUUCCCUCUUCUUGCUCAUCCUUUCCUUCCCUCUUCUUGCUCAUCCUUUCCUUCCCUCUUCUUGCUCAUCCUUUCCUUCCCUCUUCUUGCUCAUCCUUUCCUUCCCUCUUCUUGCUCAUCCUUUCCUUCCCUCUUCUUGCUCAUCCUUUCCUUCCCUCUUCUUGCUCAUCCUUUCCUUCCCUCUUCUUGCUCAUCCUUUCCUUCCCUCUUCUUGCUCAUCCUUUCCUUCCCUCUUCUUGCUCAUCCUUUCCUUCCCUCUUCUUGCUCAUCCUUUCCUUCCCUCUUCUUGCUCAUCCUUUCCUUCCCUCUUCUUGCUCAUCCUUUCCUUCCCUCUUCUUGCUCAUCCUUUCCUUCCCUCUUCUUGCUCAUCCUUUCCUUCCCUCUUCUUGCUCAUCCUUUCCUUCCCUCUUCUUGCUCAUCCUUUCCUUCCCUCUUCUUGCUCAUCCUUUCCUUCCCUCUUCUUGCUCAUCCUUUCCUUCCCUCUUCUUGCUCAUCCUUUCCUUCCCUCUUCUUGCUCAUCCUUUCCUUCCCUCUUCUUGCUCAUCCUUUCCUUCCCUCUUCUUGCUCAUCCUUUCCUUCCCUCUUCUUGCUCAUCCUUUCCUUCCCUCUUCUUGCUCAUCCUUUCCUUCCCUCUUCUUGCUCAUCCUUUCCUUCCCUCUUCUUGCUCAUCCUUUCCUUCCCUCUUCUUGCUCAUCCUUUCCUUCCCUCUUCUUGCUCAUCCUUUCCUUCCCUCUUCUUGCUCAUCCUUUCCUUCCCUCUUCUUGCUCAUCCUUUCCUUCCCUCUUCUUGCUCAUCCUUUCCUUCCCUCUUCUUGCUCAUCCUUUCCUUCCCUCUUCUUGCUCAUCCUUUCCUUCCCUCUUCUUGCUCAUCCUUUCCUUCCCUCUUCUUGCUCAUCCUUUCCUUCCCUCUUCUUGCUCAUCCUUUCUCCUCGCGUCGUACUCUGCUUGCUCUCCUUUCCUCCCCUCUCCCCCCUCCUCCCCCCUUUCCUCUUCCCGCCUUCCCUCUUCCUUUCUAUCUAUUGCAUCCUUCCCUCUUCUCUUGUUCGCGUAGCGCAUGUCUCGUUCAUACCCCUCCAUCCAUCCCAUCCCAUGCCCAUGAUCCGGUAUUUUUCAUCAACGGCUGCCCGCUCUUCAUACGCGGGACCAAUUGGAUCGUCUCGGACGCGAUGCUGCGCCUCUCAGCGGAGCGCUACUGGGCAGAGAUGAAACUUUUCGCGUGUGCUCGGGUGAACAUGAUUCGCGUGUGGGCGGGGGCUCUCAUGGAACGGCCUGAGUUCUACAACGCCUGUGACCAGCUGGGGAUCCUGGAGUUUUGGAUCACGGGCGACUGCAACGGCCGCGGCCUGCCCCCGUCAGACCCCUCCUGGCCGCUGGACCACCGCCUCUUCCUCUCCUGUGCACAAGACAGCGUCCGCAUGCUGCGCAACCAUGCCAGCCUGGCGCUCUGGGUGGGCGGCAACGAGACCGUGCCCGCUGCUGACCUCAAUGACUCGCUCAAGAGCAUGCUGCGCUUUUAUAAAGGUGCAUGGGAUGGUGUGUGGGGUUGUUUGGGAUGGUGUGGGAUGGUGUCGGGCUGUGUGGGGCUGUGUGGGCUGGUGUGUGGAGUGGUGUGGGAUGGUGUGUUUGGUGCAUUGGCUAAGUCAGACCCAGACCCGUCACUACUGCUGGACGGCACAAGGGCAUACAUAGAGGGCUCCCUAUGGAGCGGCAGCUUUGCCGACAGCCAGGAUCAGGACCCCUCACUACUGCUGGACGGCACAAGGGCGUACAUAGAGGGCUCCCUAUGGGGCGGCUUUGCCGACAGCAAGGGAGGCUGGACGGACGGGCCUUACGGCAUCCAGAACCCUGAAGAUUUCUUCUGCCCGGAUUACUACCCGUACGCGUUUAACCCCGAGAUCGGGUCCGUUGGGGUGCCCGAGGCAGAAAGCUUGCGCGAGUUUUUUCCCGAGAGUGAUUGGAGCCCGCCGGUGUUUGGGAGGGCGUGGGAGGAGUGUGGAGGGGAGUGUGUGGAGGAGGAGAGUGAGGGGUGGAAGGUGCAUACGUACAUACCGUAUGGCAUGGUGGGAGUGGAGUCAGAUGGUGGGGGCGAGGUGGGUGGAGGAGGGGCGAGACGGCAAGCAGGCAGGCAACAGCAAGCAGGUGUGCUGCAGCAAGGAGUUGUUAUUGGAUUGGAGCAGGGGGGAGAAGGAGAGGAAGCGAGGAUGCAGGAGGCAGCAGAAGGGAGGGUGAAAUGGAAGAGGGGGUCGGUGCGAGUGAAGAACCAGAUCCUUACGUAUGGGCCUGUGGAGGGACUUGAUGACUUCUGUGCCAAAGCCCAGCUCGCCAACUACCUGCAGUACCGGUCACUGUUUGAGGCAUGGAGCGCGCGCAUGUGGGAGCGGUACACAGGGGUGUUGCUGUGGAAGGGGCAGAACCCCUGGGGGGGGCUGCGCGGGCAGCUGUACGACCACCUGCUGGCCGCCACUGGCGGGCUGUUGGGCGUGCGCUGUGCCCUGGAGCCCAUUCACGUGCAGCUGGACUUACACUCGGGCAAAGUGCAGGUGGUCAACACCACACCCCAUGCUCUCUCCUCCCUCUCUGUGGAAGCUUCCAUCCACCUUCCCAGCGGCCACUGCCUGUGGCACGCCUCCUCCUCCCUCCCCGCCUCUUUCACACCCCCACCUGCUCCCCACUCACUCGCCUGCCCGCCGUUUUCAUGCACAGAGACUCAGCUUCAGUCCCACUCGCUCCCAUCCCUGCCAACAACCAUCCCAGCCGCAAGCCUUUCUCCCCCCUCUCCUCCCUGCGUCCCCUCCGCCCUCUCCACUCCCUCCGAUCCCUCCCCUACCUCCUCGGCCUCAGCCCUCCUGCCCUUCUCCUCCUCCUCUCCCACCCCCUCCUCCCCCUCCUCUCUCGCCCCUUCCUCCGCCCCCUCCGCCCCCCCGCCCGCCUACGCCUAUCUGGGUGAUUUCCGUGCCCUGGGAGGCCCCUUCCGCCAGCACAAGCUGCGCCUCUCCCUCUCCCUCCUCCGCGUCUCCUCCGCCCCUCCCCUGGGUGAGGCAGGGAUGCAUCUACCACCCAGUGAGGCCCAUGGAGGGAGGUCUAUCUGGUGGAGGGCGUAUCUGCUGGUGAGCAAUCCUGUGAAUGGAGGCGUUUUGGAUGGAAGGCAGAGCGCAGAUCGGCAAGGAAACGGAGGAGCAGCAGUGGGGGGGCGCACUGGGACUUUGAAUGAGCCUGCUGCAGGAGUGAAUGAGGACGAGAGCGUUGCUGGAGGUGUGGCGUUCUUUGUCCGUUUCAAUGUGCGCCGGCGGGUGGACGGCAAGAGGGUGCUUCCUGCAGUGUACUCUGAGAAUUACCUCUCGCUGCUACCUGGUGAGGAGGUCACUGUACAGGUGGAGUUCGCUCAUGAGCCUUGCUCUGCAUGCGUUGAGGGAAGUCCCUCCAGUGGCUCGAGCUGUUCAGGCUGCAAGUGUGACAAGGGAAUAGCCCUUCUCCUAACUCAGGUUGCCAACAUGGGUAAGGAAAAGUUGCACAUCAACAUUGUCGUCAUCGGCCAUGUCGACUCCGGCAAGUCGACGACGACUGGUCAUCUCAUCUACAAGCUGGGUGGGAUUGACAAGCGUGUGAUUGAGCGUUUCGAGAAGGAAGCCGCUGAAAUGAACAAGAGGUCCUUCAAGUACGCCUGGGUGCUGGACAAGCUCAAGGCGGAGCGCGAGCGUGGUAUUACCAUCGAUAUCGCUCUGUGGAAGUUCGAGACCAACAAGUACUAUUGCACGGUCAUUGACGCUCCCGGCCAUCGCGAUUUCAUCAAGAACAUGAUUACGGGAACCUCGCAGGCCGACUGCGCUGUUCUGAUCAUCGACUCCACCACUGGUGGUUUCGAGGCCGGUAUUUCCAAGGAUGGUCAGACCCGUGAGCACGCUCUGCUGGCGUUCACCCUUGGUGUGAAGCAGAUGAUCUGCUGCUGCAACAAGAUGGAUGCCACCACCCCCAAGUACUCCAAGGCUCGUUACGAGGAAAUCGUUAAGGAGGUGUCGUCGUACCUGAAGAAGGUCGGCUACAACCCUGACAAGAUUCCCUUCGUGCCCAUCUCUGGUUUCGAGGGUGACAACAUGAUUGAGCGCUCCACCAACCUGGACUGGUACAAGGGCCCCACCCUGCUGGAGGCGCUGGAUCAGGUGUCCGAGCCCAAGAGGCCGUCCGACAAGCCCCUGCGUCUGCCCCUUCAGGACGUGUACAAGAUCGGCGGUAUCGGAACAGUUCCGGUCGGUCGAGUGGAGACUGGUGUGCUGAAGCCCGGUAUGGUUGUGGUGUUCGCUCCCAGCGGUCUGACCACUGAGGUUAAGUCGGUGGAGAUGCACCACGAGUCUCUGCCCGAGGCUGGCCCCGGUGACAACGUUGGCUUCAACGUGAAGAACGUGUCGGUGAAGGAACUCAAGCGUGGCUUUGUCGCGUCUGACUCGAAGAACGACCCCGCCAGGGAGGCUGCCAACUUCACCUCGCAGGUCAUCAUCAUGAACCACCCUGGUCAGAUCGGUAAUGGCUACGCGCCUGUGCUGGAUUGCCACACGUCCCACAUUGCUGUGAAGUUCUCUGAGAUUAUCACCAAGGUGGACAGGCGUUCCGGCAAGGAGCUGGAGAAGGAGCCCAAGUUCGUGAAGAACGGUGAUGCUUGCUUCGUGAAGAUGGUUCCCACCAAGCCCAUGUGCGUCGAGACCUUCUCCGAGUACCCUCCUCUUGGACGCUUCGCUGUGCGUGACAUGAGGCAAACAGUGGCCGUCGGUGUCAUCAAGAGCGUUGAGAAGAAGGAUCCCACUGGUGCCAAGGCGAAGGUGUUCACAGUGGGCGGCAGUGGGUUGAGUCCGUGGGGAUACGGCGUGAAGAAGUGGAAGCCCAAGGGCGUCAUUCACGCCGGAGACACUCUCGUGUUCAAGUGGAGGGGCAUCCCGCAUGACGUGUGGAUCAUGAACACCAUGGACGCGUACAACAACUGUGACUUUGGGGCGGCCACUAGGAAGACUGGCAUCACAUCUGUGGGGAAGUACAAGUACAAGGUUCCAGCUUCAGCAAAAGGCACAUCGAUUCUCUUCUCCUGCAGUGUGCCUGGCCACUGCUCCACAUUCAACAUGAAAGUGGCUGUACCGAUCCAUGCAUAA